CUUUCGUUUCUUGAGAUUAAACAAAAAAGUUUAAUUACCUUCUUUGCUUCUUGAUAACCCUCUUUGCUUUCCUUUGCUUCAUUUUCUCAAAUUUGAGGCUUUUGGUAUUUGUCGUAGUUCUAUUGGUGGGUUGCCUCUAAUUUUCUUUUUUUUUUAAAAAAAAAAAAAAAAGAUCUUCACAAAAUGACUAUCCAAGUAAAGGAAAAGAAAAUCCAUGACUAUGGAAAUGAUCAAUUGGUAUUAGAGGGUAAUCAAUUCAUGGUACCCCAAACCAAUGCAUUUGGCCAUAAUUUUAGGGACUACAACAAUGCACAAAGUGAAAGGCAAAAAGGGGUAGAAAAUUUCUACAAGACACAACACAUUAAUCAAACCUAUGACUUUGUCAAGAAAAUGAAACAAGACUAUGCAAAAUUGGACAAGGCAAAAAUGAGCAUAUGGGAAUGUUGUGAAUUGCUCAAUGAGGUUGUUGAUGAUAGUGACCCUGAUUUAGAUGAACCACAAAUCCAACAUUUAUUACAAAGUGCUGAGGCUAUUAGAAAAGAUUAUCCUAAUGAAGAUUGGCUCCAUUUAACAGCCUUAAUUCAUGACUUAGGUAAAAUAAUUAUUUUACCUAAGUUUGGUGGACUCCCUCAAUGGGCUGUUGUAGGUGACACAUUCCCUGUUGGAUGUGCAUUUGAUGAAUCAGUUAUCCACCACAAAUACUUCAAAGAAAAUCAAGAUUUUGAAAACCCAAUUUACAACACAAAAAAUGGAAUUUAUUCCGAGGGUUGUGGACUAGAAAAUGUUAUAAUGUCAUGGGGUCAUGAUGACUAUAUGUACAUGGUUGCAAAAGAGAAUGGUACAACAUUGCCAUCAGCUGGACUUUUUAUUAUAAGGUAUCAUUCAUUUUAUCCAUUGCAUAAAAAUGGAGCUUACAAACACUUGAUGAAUGAGGAAGAUAAGGAGAACUUGAAGUGGCUUCAUAUUUUUAAUAAAUAUGAUUUGUAUAGCAAAAGCAAAGUUCAUGUUAAUGUGGAGGAAGUCAAGCUUUACUAUAUGUCUCUCAUUGAAAAGUAUUUUCCAGCAAAGCUAAGGUGGUGAAAAGGAGAAGUUGUGAACAAAUGUACUAUAUUGUAAAUACAAUUUGUCUAUAUGGAUUAAAGUCGUAUAAUUUGUAAUACUGAAUUGAAAAUAAUAAGAAGAGUUUAAUUCUCUUGUAUAGGAAAUGGAAUGGGAAAAGUUACCAUGUAAAUACCCAUUCUUUUCCUAUUAGAAAUUAAAGUACUAGUACAUAAUACAUGAUAUUAAUAAAAUGGUAUACAAUAUUUAAUAAUUUUAUUUAUCA